CGGUGACGGGAAAUGUCGGCGGUGCCGGGCCCCGCGGCGAGGAGCGAGUCGGGCGGUGCUGUGUGUGUGGCGGUUUGAGGCCUCGUUUGGGGAGAGGUGGCAGCGAGCAUGGAGGGCGGCCCAGCCCCGCGGGACGGCGGCUGCUGAGCGCGUUCUGAUCAACAUUUUUAUGUGAGCUGUGCUGAGUGCCUGGAGUCAACCUUCAAUAAUGAGUGGUGCAGCGUUGGGCCUUGAGAUUGUGUUUGUCUUUUUUCUGGCCUUAUUUCUACUUCAUCGAUAUGGAGACUUCAAGAAACAGCAUAGGCUGGUGAUCAUUGCAACGUUACUGGCUUGGUAUCUCUGCUUUCUGAUUGUAUUUAUACUGCCUUUGGAUGUCAGUACGACCAUUUAUAAUCGAUGCAAGCUUGCUGUUAACUCCAGCCCCGCAGAAAGUAAUGGCUCUUUUGUUACUCUUGCUCCAAGCAAGCAAAAAUGUUUCAAACCAUGGAGUUAUAUCCCCGAUGGAAUUAUGCCAAUUUUCUGGCGUGUUGUAUACUGGACAUCACAAUUUUUAACAUGGAUUCUGCUACCUUUCAUGCAGUCUUAUGCUAGGUCAGGAGGGUUCUCCAUUACUGGAAAGAUUAAAACUGCACUGAUUGAGAAUGCAAUCUAUUAUGGUACUUACCUGCUGAUUUUUGGAGCAUUCUUAAUAUACGUUGCGGUAAACCCAAAGUUCAAUUUACAAUGGAAUCAGCUUCAGACUAUUGGGAUUGCUGCUGCAAACACAUGGGGUCUCUUUCUUCUUGUGUUGCUUUUGGGCUAUGGUCUGGUGGAAAUUCCCCGUUCUCACUGGAAUGGGGCUAAGAGGGGUUAUCUUCUCAUGAAGACCUAUUUCAAAGCUGCCAAACUGAUGACUGAAAAAGCGGAUGCAGAGGAGAAUUUGGAGGAUAUUAUGGAGGAAGUUCGUAAAGUAAGUGAGAGUAUCAAGUAUAAUCACCCUUUGAGAAAAUGUGUUGACACAAUACUAAAAAAGUGUCCUACUGAGUACCAGGAAAGAAUGGGUAGGAACAUGGAUGAUUAUGAGGAUUUCGAUGAAAGACAGAACAGUUAUCCAAGUGAGAAAAGUUUGGUCAAACUUCACAAGCAGGUUAUUUAUUCAGUACAAAGACACCGUCGUACACAGGUCCAGUGGCAAAUUCUUCUAGAACAAGCCUUUUACCUGGAAGAUGUGGCAAAAAAUGAAACUAGUGCAACUCGACAGUUUGUUCAUACUUUUCAGUCCCAGGAACCAGAGAAUAAAAUUAUUCAAUAUUUCUACACACCAACUAUUGAGUGGUACUGGGAGUGUCUUUUACGACCAUGGUUUUACAGGGUUCUUGCAGUUGUUUUGGCCACAUUCUCUGUGAUUGUCGUGUGGUCGGAGUGCACGUUUUUCAGCACAAGGCCAGUUUUAUCACUAUUUGCAGUUUUCAUACAGCUGGCAGAAAAGACAUACAAUUAUAUAUACAUAGAGAUGGCCUGUUUUCUUACCAUCUUCUUCCUCAGUAUCUGUGUUUAUUCCACUGUCUUUAGAAUUCGUGUGUUUAACUAUUACUACUUAGCUUCACAUCAUCAAACAGAUGCAUACAGUCUCCUUUUCAGUGGCAUGUUAUUUUGCCGUCUUACUCCACCAUUAUGCUUGAACUUCUUGGGCCUGACCCACAUGGAUGCAACAAUCUCUCACAGAGAUGCUCAACCAACUGCUUACACAUCAAUAAUGGGAUCAAUGAAAGUGCUGUCCUUCAUUGCAGAUGGAUUCUAUAUAUAUUACCCAAUGCUUGUUGUCAUUCUUUGUAUUGCCACAUAUUUUAGUUUAGGAACUCGUUGCUUGAAUCUUCUGGGUUUCCAGCAGUUCAUGGGGGACAGUGAAAUGACCUCUGAUUUGAUUGAUGAAGGAAAAGAGUUAAUCCGAAGAGAGAAAAGAAAACGGCAAAGGCAGGAAGAAGGUGAAAACAGAAGAAGGGAAUGGAAAGAGCGAUAUGGAAAUAGAGAGGAUUCCACUAGAAACAGGGUUGUCCACACAGAGCAAAAAGAAUCCAGCUUCUCAGAGACUAAUGCUAAUAGACCACUAUCGAAGUACACCCGAACAAAUGGUAGGACUGAAAGAGACAGAAUAGAACUUCUUCAGGAUGCAGAACCUUUGGAUUUUAAUGCAGACUCAAUUAAUGAUGACCCUCUUGAAUCGGACUCUGGAAGGUACCAGCCUGGUGGAAGAUAUCUGUCAAUGUCUCGAAGCAGAAUAUUUGAGGAUGUCUAAUCUAAAUAUAAAGAAAAAUCAUUGGCAAUCUAUUUCCUACUCACUGCUUGGUAAACAUUGUAUUUAUGAUUAUUGCUGAACUAGAAAAGACAGUUUUUGUUUAAUUAAAAAAAAAUGAAGAAACAACUACAUUUUCAAAGUGUAUCUGUGUAUGGUAACUCUACCGUUUAUGACAAGAAUAUGUUUUUAUUUCAGAUGUUAUUGUGCAUCCAUAUGAGCUAUUUGCAAUGAUCAAAAGGAGGGAACUAACAAAUUAGUAGAGAAUAAGUUUCAUAAAAAAGGCUCAACUUGCAUUACAAUAUUAAGUUUUACAGUGAACGUUUUCUGGAAGGAUUAUUAUUUUUUUUUAAUAGAAAAAGAUGCUAUGAUAAAAUCUUGAUGCAUCCAAAGUGCAGUUAUAGUGACUACAAUAGUGGACACUUUCUACAUUUUCUGUUUAAACAUUUAUGAUUAGUCCAAAAUUUACAGAUUUAAAUUAGUCUUCUUUUGGCUUCAGUGUUCUUUAGAUCAGACCCUAUAAACAGAAGGGCUGAAUGGCAGCCUGUUUUCGUAAAUCUUGCGAUUAGUUUUUGCUCAUUAGUUUUAGAACAACAUGUAUUUGUCAAGAAAGGUAAUAUUUUCUUUUCCAGUGUUCAGGGCCAGGCUGGGUGGGGCCAUGGGCACAAGGAGUUGGAUUGUCCUUAUGGUCCAACCCAAGCCAUUCUAGGAUUCUGUGUGUGAUUAAAAGAAUAUGGAUGAAGGUUUCACUGUCAGAGGAACGUAUGUGCAAUAGCAAGGAAAUGUUAGCAAGACAUGACGUCUGCUUAAGAUUUUUACAGUACUAACUGUAGAAAAGUCUUGGCACACUAAUGUUUUGGUUGGUGGUUGUUGUUGUUUUAAGCAUAAAAGAAGUCUAAUGUGAAUAAUGAGUUAAAUUCUGAAAAAGAAUAAUUUGCAUGAACUUCAGACACAGCUUAAAAUUUUUGAGUUUUUCUUUAGAGGAAGGGAAAUACAUAGCAUGACUAGAUAAUGAUGAACACUUUUAACAUCUCAGAUGCCCUGUUUGCAUUAUGUAUCAGUUUUUAAGGUGCCUGUAUUUUGCAGUAAGUUGUUGCAAAAAAGAAUAAAUGCAUAUUCGUUUAAAUGCCAUUCAAAAAUGCCAAUUAUUAACUAUGUAGAAGUGCUUCUAUGUGAUUUAAUUGGUAUAGAUACGUUUUAAGCUGUAGCUAGUCAAAUGAACUUUCAAGUGUAAUCAUAAGGUAAGAGAUGUGGUCAUACACGUGAUAUCUUGGGAAAUAUGAUUAACUUAAAAUGCUGCUUUAUUGCUUUAUUCCUUGCACUUGGGAGUUUUCUUUUGAUCUUAUUGUAAAAUGAUGGUGAAAAUGGAAAGAGAACAUGCUUCUGUCAUAAAUUCUAUAUCAUACUUAAAAAGACAGGCAUCUAUUAAAGCAUCUGAGACUAAGAUAGUCUGAAAAGUAAACUUUUAUGAACUACAUGUUCUACUAAUUUUUAGAAGUAGUCUUUUUCUGAAGUAAAUGGGGAUCUAACUCUACCUCCUGUGAUUUAGUACAUUAUGUGUUCUAACAGUAGUGGUAUUUAUAAUGUAUUGAUCUGCCUGUUUUAAAACAGUGUAUUGUUAUUAUGAAGGAGGAAAAGUACUUGUGUAAAAAUGGUUAUGUAAAUAAAGGGCAGACAUAAAUUAAUCCUCAGUUCUGAGGUGAAUACACUGAAUCACAGCCAUGCUCAAAUGUACCCAAGCUCAUGUAUUUUCUACAUUGCAUGUAAGAGAACACUUUUUUUUUAGUUUGGGUAUUUUAUGUCUUUUAAAAGCUUGAUCAGAAUCUCAUGGCUGUAUCAGGGAAUGAAAGUCAAGAAAAUUAUACACUUGUUUUUGGAUGCAGACUGUUCUAUAGCAACUUUGUGAUGUUACAUAUUUAAAUUUUAUUAGAUACACUUAGAAAUGCUAUUAUUCCAGCCUGAUCUGAAAGAGGUUGUAUAUGUUUUUGGACAUCCAUCAACAAUUAACAUUUCUAGACUUUAUAUUUCUAUUUUUAUAGCUUAUAUAUCAUUUAAUUGCCCAAAAGUUUAUUUUUAAUUUGUAUUUGUAAAAAUACAUGGAUGAAAUAAAGUGUAAAUUCUUUAUUUAACUCUUGAAAUGUCACUACAAAGGGAUCUAAUUCAGUGCUAAUGGAAAAAUCCUGAAAGGAAUGUUUGUUUUUCAGAACUCUUGUGAAAUAUUCCUAUCUAGCUGCUGUUGACUUCAGAGUAUUGAAUCAGCCUUCUCAGGGCAUGAUUUUUCUGUACUCAUAUUAUCAUAAAAUCAUAGAAUAGGACAGGUUGGAAAAGACCUUAAAGAUCAUCAAGUCCAAAUACAACCUGACCAUACUACCCUAACUAACAACCCUCCACUAAAUCAUAUCCAUGUAAUUUGAGGAGUUUACUGUAAAUUAUUUGCCAUGGGAAUCCAUCUGCUAAUAUUGAAAUUAUGAGGUCAUUUAGAUGGGAAUCUUCUGACCUUUUAUUGCUUGUUGCAGUGGAGUAGUAGAGUAACCAAUGGCUGCUUUUUGAAACCACACACAUAGCUCAGCAGUUCUCUCUGGGUAGUGCUUCGAGAUCCCCAGUGCCACAUACCAGCUAGAUACUAAGAAUUUAAAUAGGGAGUUGAUAAGUGGUGUCAUCCAUCUGAUGUUUUAUCCAUGUAUUCAUUUCUGAGUAACAGUUUUUAUUCUUGCUCUAAGUGCAUUUUGUAGCUAAUUAGUGUUUCAAAAAGUAAUUGUAAGUUAUUAUGACUAAAUAUGAAAAGCUUUCAACUAAAAAUGACUGGUUACAAUAAAAGAACAUUACAGAACCAAACCAUAUACCUGCACAACAUUUGCUGUGUACUUGAGCUCAUUGCAGACUACUUUGGUUACUGCUUAAGAAAAUAAUGCAGAACUUGUCUGGGGGUUAAGUAAGUGCCUGAAGAUUUACCCUAACUCCUAGCUAGACUGUGGCAUCUGUUGCUGAGCUCUUUGCUACUGUAAUUAUACUAUAAAAUAGAGUACCUUAAAUAAAUAAACACAAGUAAAUAAACUAAAGCCAGCUUUGGCAUGUUUAAGCAGUGAUUGUAAUAUAUGUUAAUGUUUUUGUUGCAACACGUUUGAUCCAUAGUAGAUUAUUUGAUGUAUAACUACCUUGCAAAGUGUGCUUUAGAAAACAGGAUGUUAAUUUAUCAAUUCUGUUGGUACGCAAUCAUGUUUCUUUGCAACUAAAGACUGUCAGUUAUACCUUAAUUUACAAUUUCACUUUUUGAAUUGCCAAGCAGCUGGAGUAUACAUCUUAAGCUGUGAACACCACAUACACAUAGAAAUGGCACCAAACAACUACCCAAGCUUGUAAACCAAUGGGGAGAAUCCACGUAAAUUGUCACAAACUUUACAGAGUGGGAGUGAAAAAAAGUAACUACUUAAACAGUCUGUCAGUGCUGGAUUUCUUAAGAAGUACAGAUAGCAAAAAGCUCUAAUCAAACUUACUGCUCCUGCUAGAUUUGUAGUUCUGUGUUUUCAGGCAUUUAAGCAUGUACAUGUUCUGCUAACUUACAUACAUUGCGAAAUGAGCCCUCUCUGCAUGUGAAGGCACAGCUCUUAGUGAUGUGAAGUCAGGAAUUCUUUUUAUGAGGGAAUAUAAAAGACACUGAGCUUCUAAUCUGUGUUAGCAAGUGAUAACGUGGGCACACUAUGAUAUAUUCUGUUAUUUAGGUACAGCAACAAACUUUAUACUACUGUAACUUACACUACUGGAAAAAUCACAAUAUAUAAUAUGUCUUUGUUUUGCAAUCAAGCACUUGUAAAAUAAAUUGUCAUUAGCAGUAUUAAUGGGAAUGGUGGAAAGCUGCUAUCUGUUGAAUAUUUAUUCUUGCUAUUUUAAAACACAGUCUUGAUUUUUAGAUAUGAAAUAUUACCAAUGGUUACUCUGAUUUUCAGUAAUGAUGAUAAUUCUCAGUUUAUUAAAUUUAUCUCAGAAUAUUGACAAUGUUUAAUGAAAAGUACAUUAUUUCUUCCAGUUUUCAUUACUGCUGUUAAUUACUUGCCAUUUGAGGGGAUAUACAAUACUAAAUAGAGAUCAUUUUAUGAAUGGAGACUUCCUGUGAGGCUUCUUAAGGAAAUCUGCCUAUUUGUGACAGAUAAUUGUUUCUAUCUUAAUAAUUAAAUAAAAGCCACUCAUUGCAUAUAUUGGCUCCUAGCUUUUAAUUUUUGUUUUAGCAUUCAGAAAAUGAUCUUUUUUUUUUCCUUUUUCCUUACAGAGAAGCUUACUGGUGUAUCUUGUAAACCUUUUGAAAUUCUUACAUUCCUUUUCCCUAAUGGACUCUGCAGGAAUAUGCUGCUUCACAGCAGUUCUCUUGAUCUUAUCUGUGCCUCUAAUUAAGUAGUCUAAUCUGAAGCUGAGACACUCCUACACCAUUUGAUUAUGUUGACAGAAACACAGCAUCCCUAGCAGAAUAGCACCUUGAACUAGAUCCCUUUCUAGUAUAUAGAUGGCUGUCAUUGAUUGUAUUGCAUUACAUUUGGUAUCUUCUGUUUCAACUGUACAGUAAUCCCAAUCACAUUUGUUCUUUGUCUCCAUUAAAAUGCACUGGAAUGUGUUCCUCAGCAUGCCUAAUUUUGUGUGCGUGUGUUUUAGCUGUAAUUGAGAGGCAAUAAUAAUAUGCAACUUCAAUUAUUUCUUCAGGAUAUUGUUGUUAUAUUUGGCAUUCCUGUGAAUUAGUUCAAGUGUGAUAUCUUAACUGUCACUGUAGGAAUUACUUUCUUUAAGAGAUCAUGUUAUACAGGAGUGUCUGGAAGACAAGGGAAAUUAUUUGCAAGUAUAGUAACAGAAGAUGUUUAUUCUCCAGUGUACAUCAAGUUUAGGCUGUAGGAGUGCUGCUCAUGGAUAGACUAGGUUCUUUUGCCUUAUGAUACAAGUAUGUGUGCAUAAAACAUUGUUUUAAAAUUCACCGAGUUAUAAAUCUUCCUGUGUAGUAUUUAAAUUAUUGAUGUACUGGAUAUAUUUUUGAAAUGUAUGUUAAAAUAUUUAGUCAAUGACUUAAGUUGGCAUGAAAUAAAUCAUUUCUGCAAUACA